AUGGGUUUGGGUCUCUCUCUCUUCCAAAAUGGUUCAUCGUCUUCUUCGUCUCUUCCUGUGAUUCCUGGUUUAGGGGAUAUGCCCGAGAGCUGCGUCGCUUUGAUCCUCGAGAAUUUGGAUCCGGUCGAGAUCUGCAGAUUCUCCAAGCUGAACAGAGCUUUCCGCGGCGCUUCCUGGGCUGAUUCCGUCUGGGAAUCGAAGCUCCCUAAAGAUUACAGAUCGAUUCUCGAGAAAAUCCGUGGCGAUUCCCAGGAGAAAAAGCUCCGGAAACGUGACAUCUACACUUUCCUCUCCCGCGUCAAUUCCUUCGACGACGACACAAAGCAAGCUUGGGUCGAUAAACGAAGCAGUGAUCUCUGUUUAUGCAUAGCCGCCAAAGGAUUAAGGAUCACCGGAAUCGAUGAUCGGAGAUACUGGAGCCGUAUUCCGACUGAUGAAUCUCGAUUUUCUUCAGUAGCAUACCUUCAACAAAUCUGGUGGUUCGAAGUCGCCGGAGAAAUCGAAUUCCCGUUUCCAGCUGGAAGGUACAGCGUUUUCUUCAGGCUUCAGCUAGGCAAACCGGUUAAGCGGUUCGGUUGGAGGAGGACAUGGACAUGCAACACCGAUCAGAUUCACGGUUGGAACAUUAAACCGGUCCGGUUUCAGCUCUGGACUGAGGAUGGACAACACUCUUCGUCGCAAUGCAAGUUAACCGAGGCAGGAAGCUGGGGGCAUUACCACGGCGGAGAUUUCGUCGUCGGGAAAUCGAAGAGUUCGCCGACGAAGCUUAAGUUCUCGAUGACUCAGAUCGAUUGCACACAUACCAAAGGUGGGUUGUGUGUUGAUUCUGUGGUUGUGUAUCCGAGCUCGUGUAAGGACCAGUUGAACCGGGUUUAG